AUGAAGCACUCAAAAGCCCCACUCAUUUUCGCGUUACUUGCACUCGGUGCCGCUGCGGCCCCAUGCAGCUUUCGCAAAAUCGAAGCGAGCGGACAGGUUGUGGUCUGCUACGACCCUAGAGACCCCAGGGUGCCACCAUUGCAGAAGGAUCAGAAGAUCGAAAAAUGGAUCGACAAAGACACUGGAGAGCACUGCUUCGCUUUAGCCAGAGGAGUACAGACGCAACAUCCCUUUGUGGCAUGCCAGGGUUACAAAGCCGACCUGUACCCAGAUCACAUACACUGCCUCGCCGCUGGCCACGUCCAUGCGAACAAGUGGGAUUCGUGCGAAGCUACGCGGCGAGCCAGGACGGAAAGGGAUGAGAAGGCCUUCGAGACGUACGGCAAGUUCGCAGAUACUGGCAUUGCCAAAGUCGAGAAGCGGACGACGCAGCAACGUUGA